AGAUAAAGAAAUAAAAUAUGGCGGGAAACAUAGAACAGCCGAGAACAAUUGAAGAUGUACAACUCUCUGCUAAUGCUGCCGGUCUUGUCUCUGUGGGCCCUGUGCAGACACUGAAGUUCUCAGAGAACUGCAUGUCGAAUGAAUACAAGUUGAUUGAACUGCCGCCAAAAUUACUUGAAAAAUUACAGCAAGGAGAAAGUUUUGUUAUUCGAGGUGAAAAUCAAGAAGAUGCAAUGCUCUGUACGAAAGAUUCCACAUAUGAAAUCAAACUAGCUGAUACCUCCAAUGCCUUGUUAUUGACACCAGAAUGUCAAACAAACAAGGAUCCAGGUUUCAAGGAUCAGACAGCAGACUUAAUUGAACACCAGGUGUGCAGUUGUCAUUCAGAAUAUUUUGAAGUGAGAUUGGUCAGACCUCAACUUUAUAAACUACGUAAUUUAAUCCGAGAGACUUUGUACAGAGGACCUGAAUAUGAAACCAAGGAAAAUGGUGAAUUGAGAACCAAAGUCAAGUAUUCUUUUGAUGACUUGUUAAAUCUUGUUCAAGCAAGUGAAAAGGAAAUCUGGGAUGCAUUAGAAAAACUUGGUGCCAUUGCAAUAAAUGGCUGUUGGAGGCUAUUGGACUCCGAUUAUGAGGACAAAGUAAUUAUAAGUAUUUUGAAUUUAUUGGAAGAGAAAGAUUGGGAUUGUUAUGGAGAAAGAUUGAACGUAGAAAAUGAAGACGACCAGACUAUUUUAUAUGCAUUAAAUGAAGAUAAAAUAUGCCAGUUUUAUGCGCAAUAUCUCUUACGUCCAGCGGACAGGUUUAAUUACCACGAGUUCAUGGAUUCCUGGCAGCAGAGCGUGCCAGACGGAAUGACGACAAAAUCUGAUCAGCUGUCUGGUAUUGCUCUUACAGACAUGAGAAGUCAUCCUCCUGUCAUCUGGCAUUUUCCUUAUUAUGACUUGCCUGAGAAGCCCGAUAUGAGAUUCAUGAAGUUAUUUAAAGUAAGACAGAAAUGGACAUUUGACGAAAUUCAACCGUAUAUCAGAGAUCUUGUGGAUGCAGGGCAAUCUCUCAAUGCUUUACUCCUAAAGUACGCGCGCUCGUCUAAAGAUGAAACAGGGACUAAAGUCUACAGUUCGAAAAAACCAGUUUAGAACUCGUCAAACUGCUUGGAGAUCAAUCCUUUUUGUACCAGCGUAACAUUUUUCCAAUUUAGACCACGUGUCAUUCUCUUAACCAUAAGAUUCUUUGUUUGAAUUGUACUCAUAUUCAUGUGUCUUCUCGUGUGCAACUGCAACAAUCAAAUCACUUGAAAUUGGUAGGUUUUCCAAUUUUUGUGAAAUGAGUAGAGGCUGGGUACGAGAAUGAUUCGUUUUUUGAUCUCCCCACUCCACCUCUGAUGUAAAGCUACUUAGUUAAGAAAUCAAACAACGAAAAGAUAUGAAGACAUUUACCCGUCACUAUGGGGAGUUGAAGAAGGUAAUAAUGAUAAAAGCAGAAAGAUGUUUUCGCCGAUGAAUCCAAAUAAUUCUAUCCUUUAAUAAACUGGACUUAUGAAAGAAAUUGAUUUUAAACGAUGCAAAAAAAUGAAGAAAGAAAGGAGGGACUAUGGCUCGAAGAAUGAAGAACAGUAAGAAAAAUGAUGAAUGGAAAAAGAAAGGACAGAAAAAUGCAGAAACGAAAAUAAAAGGAAGCGAAAUAGAAACAAAGGAGAAUAAAACGUUAGCUCAGGAUAGUUCGUUCAUGGUAGAGGAUGUUUCGUAGCCACCAUCUUCUUCAUGAUCACUUGUACCUUCGUCAUCAGAUUCCGCCUCCUCAUCACCACAGUCUUCAAGAGAUACCCUGCGCUGCAUCAGUAUUGUGUUUCUAUUUCCCCUGGCCGUCUGAAACAGACUCUUCAGAUCUUGUAUCGUCUCUAUCACACUGAUAUCAACAACAACAACAACAAAAUUAAAAUCUCGCCUAUAUAUUUUUUAAUCAUUAAAGAGAAGGGUUGUACGACGGCUACGUUAUGUUAGUAACAAAAAAAAUUCCAACACAGUC